GUGGAACGCGGACCACCCCGACAAGAAGGUCCAGCGCGGGGACCGGAUCGUCGCCGUCAACGGGAUCGCAGGCGCCGCGGCGCUCCUCCGGGAGGCGAUCGAGCGGCGGGGCGGGCCGGAGCUCGUGCUGUCCGUGCGCCGGCGCAGGCGGCGCGGCAGGGCGUGCCUGUGCUGGUGCCUGAAGUGCCUGUGCGGUGCGCUCGUGGUGCUGCUCCUCGCAGGCGCGGCGCUGUGGCUGCUCGUGGUGAGCCGGCUGCCGCCGGAGGCCGGCAGCGGCCCCCAGGAGAGCAGCGGCCUUGGCUGA